AUGAGCUUCACCGGCCUUGCUCCGCCACCGCCUUUCCUUCCGACGCCCGGCCGUCCCUCAUUGCCAUGGGAGCAGUGGGAGCAGAUGUUCAACGUGUACUUGCUGGCAUCCGGAGCCGCUGCAUUCAAGCCGGAGCAACGCAAGGCUAUUCUUUUGCAUUGUUUGGGGGCGGAGGGCCAGCGUAUUUAUCAGACGCUACAUGCAGGGACCAGCGCCGCAGCACCGGCCGCACCAAGUGCCGCAGCACGCGCCGAUGACAAGUCUGUCGUGGCCCCUCCUGACAAAUACGACUCUGCACUUGCGGCAUUACGGCACCAGUUUUCGACGUCGCGCAACGUUAUCAUCGAGCGUCAUCGCUUUCACCGCCGCAGCCAACACACAGGCGAGUCCGUUCAUGACUUUGUUGCCGCUCUACGGGAGCUAGCGUCACAUUGUUCGUUUGCCUCGCAAGAUGAUGCUUUGCGGGAUCAGUUCGUUGCCGGCGUAGCUUCCACUCGCGUACGUGAGCGGUUACUGCUAGAGAGUUCCACACUUUCAUUCGAGAAUUCUGUUCGAAUUGCACUUCAGUUUGAGCAGGCGGCUGAAGAGCUAAAGGAACUUUCUGCUUCGGUCGAAGCAAUUUCAUUGCGGCAGCGUCGAAAACCAUCGUCGCAUUCUUCGAAAAAAAGGAAUUCACAACCGGCAGCCACUUUAGAGCAGAAUUUAACGAGGAGCGCGGGUGGCUCACGUGCGCCGCAGCGGAACCGCCCCCCUCAGCGGAACCGAGAACAGAGUGGCCGCUCCGGCUCGCCACAUUGUUUCCGAUGCGAACUUGUCUUCUAG